AUGAAAGAGACGCUAAAAUAUUCAAAAGUUGGUUCUUUGAAGUCAUGAAUCGACUAUGAAUAAUUUAAGGCGUGUGAUUUGUUUGCCAAAGAACCCUUAUGGCAAGCUGUCCAAGACGAAGACAGGCAGGAAAUUUUCAAAGAUGCAAUGGUUAUUGACUGUUUCAACUAUAAAUAUACCAAUAACUUUGUUUUUCUAGGAGUUUGUGACUUAUCGAGACAAAGAUCGAAAAAGAGAGGUUAGGAAGAGGAAUAUCGCGGCGCUGGCUGAGAUUCUGCAAGCGAUGGAGCACAUAUCGUAUAAAACGACAUGGGCCCAAGCACAACGGUUACUCAUCGAAAACCCUCAGUUUGCCGACGACAAAACAUUACAAAGUAAAUAAAACGUUUCAUUUUUCCCCUAAUUAUUUUCUAAAAAUCAUCAGGUAUGGACAAAGAAGAUGCGCUGAUCGUUUUCGAAGAGCACAUAAAAACCGCUGAAAAAGAGUACGACAACGAAAAACAAAUGGAGGUUGCUGAAAGAUAGGAAAAGUUUCUAUGAUAUGAUUGAAGGAACGUCGCAUAAAAAGACAAGAGCGAAAAGUGCGAGAAGCGUUUCAGCAACUACUGCAAGAGCUUCACAAGAAAGGUCCGCUUUGCUCUUAAAUUCGCUCAAAAAAGUAAUAUUUUUCAGGAGAGCUGACAUCGAUGAGCCUUUGGACUUCUCUGUACCCAAUUAUUUCCACUGAUUCUCGUUUCGACCACAUGUUGCAUCAGAACGGUUUGAUAUUCGAUUUCGUGCCUUUUUUUUUUAGCGACAUUCCCCAAAUUUCAGGCUCAACUCCUCUUGAUUUGUUCAAGUUUUAUGUUGAAGAGCUGAAAGCCCAGUACGGCGAGGACAGGCGCAAAAUCAAAGAUAUUUUGCAACAUUCGGGACACGUUGUCAAGGUUUUUCGUUCGUCUUUCCCUUUCAGACGUUCUUUUCCCUAGGCCGACACACCUUACGAUGAUUUCGCCGAUUGGAUAAGCAGCGAUGAAAAAGGAUGUUUGAUCGACCACGGCAAUAUGAAGCUGUACUACCAUUCAUUGAUUGAGAAGGUAUUUUUGUUUUUUAUUCAUUUAUAAUCUUCAGUUUUAGGCCGAAAUCAAAGAAAAAAAGACGCGGAGAAAGAGGAAGUUCGGAAAAAGAGAAGAAUCGAGAGCGAGUUCCGCAGCAUGUUGCGGGCCCAGAACGUUGACGUCAACAGCGAGUGGUCCGUCGUCAAGUCCAAAAUCGAGAAAGAAAAGGCUUAUCUUUUCGUAAGUAUUUUGUUAAUUAUAUUUUUGGGAAUGAGAUUGUGAGAUUUUCUAAUUUGUUUCUGCGCAAUGUUUUUCGUGUUAUUCACUCUUUAUCUAAUUGUUUUCAAGCAGAUGCUGAUUCGAAAAACUAACUUCUUGGAGCUACCAUUUUUGAAACUUCUUUUCCCAUCACAGAAAACUGUAAUACUCGUAACUAUCCACUUGACUUUGUUUUAGAAUAUAGUUUUCUUUCGAAUCAAUUAGGAAGAUCCUUAAAAUCAAAAAAAAAAAAAAAACAUUUUUAGUUAGAAAACGACGAAACGCGUGAGAGAUGCUUUGAAGACUACAAGAUCUCUCUCAGCGAAAGCUGCGGUCAUCAUCAUUCAUCGAAAAAGAAGAAGAAAGACAAAAAGAAGAAGUCCAAGCGAAGCGAUGUUUUUCGUUAAUUUAUUUUCUUCUUUCAUUUGAAACGUCUUCAGAGAGAGUCGGAAUCGGAGGGGGAAAUCAGAGAAAAGAGGAAGAAAAAGAAGCAUUCCAAGGACAGAAGCGAUGACGAAGGUACUUCUAGGCUCUGCUUCAAAACUUCCACCUCUUAUUUGUGUUUCAGAAAGAGUCUCUAAGAAGAAAAAGUCUCGAAAGCGCUCUCGUAGUCCGUCUAGCGCUCGGAGUAGGAGUCCUGAAGAGAAGCGAAGAAAAGUUUGAAAUUUUCUGCAUUUCAACUCAAAUUUCUCUUUCAGGUUGAUUCUGACUCUGAAUGA